AUGAUGGACACUGAGAAAGACGAUCUACCCUCUGCCACGGAUCAUAGUGAGCACGAGUCUUGUGAUAUUCCAAAAACUGGAGGAACCACUUCGAAAACCGCAUCAAAUUCAAAAGACCCUUCGCGACCUCGAAGGAAGAAAGCGCGCCGGGCGUGCUUUGCAUGUCAACGGGCGCAUCUGACUUGCGGCGACGAACGACCUUGUCAACGAUGCAUCAAACGCGGUUUGCAGGAUGCGUGUCAUGAUGGUGUGCGGAAAAAAGCAAAAUACCUGCACGAUGCCCCAGACGGUGCUCUCGUGCCUGGUGCCCAGGGCAAUUUCUACAAUCAAGCAAACGGGCUGUCCAAGAUGUCACCAUCUGAUUUUACGCCGAACGGGACCAACAAUAUACAGCAGCCGAAAACAAGCUCAAUCUACGCCUCGUCAACGCCGUCUUAUAACAGCAACAGCACCUUUGAUGCAAGUAGCGCAACAAACCCAUCACUGCCGGACAGCGCCGCUUUGAAUCCAGGCCCGUUUACUGCAACACCUGCUUCGCCAACUUUUAGCAUAUCUGCCUCCUCGGCGAUGCCUGCGCUUACACAACCGGCCAACGAGAUGACGACUGGAGCCGGACAGAACUCAUUUGGUGCUUUUUUCGACCCUAGUGAUCCGGCGCUGUUUAACUUUGAUCUUGCCAGCAUGAAUUUUGGCAAUCGAUACGGUGCCUUGGAAUUUGGUAUGUUGGGCCAUAUGGCCACUGGUGCUGGAGACACCCCUCCCAGCGACAGUGGCAAUCAGCGAGGUGGCUCGAUUGGGCAACGCAGCAACUCGCAGCAAUUCGGUAAUCCUACUGGAGCAUUUACCACUGAAAGCCCCAAUCAGCAGUCAUUCAUGUUUGGCGAUCCUGUGCUCAACGACUGGUCCGGGGCGCAAAACACGAAUCCCCGAAUGAGCGUUGGCGGUACAUUGUACGGGCAAGGCGGAGGAAUGCAUUUGUUGCAACAAGAUGCACCUCACGCAUACGCCAUUGGAUCUAAUACAUUUGCGAGUCCUUCGUCGACCACGAGUCCUCAUGCCACGACCAUUGCGCCGUCGAAUUUCGACGACUCGCCCAUGAAGACCAAAACGGUGAUAUCAACCCCGCAUUUACGUCAGCAAAGUCUGUAUAACGCCAACGUUAAUAAACGACGCCAUCGCGAACCGUCGCAAAUCUACGACAGCGUCAAGGAGCCGUAUUCAUAUACUGGUGGAUUCCAUAAAUUGAUUGCAUUUAUUAAGAGACGGUUUUCGCCACCGAAAACGGUACGAAUCGCCAAGGCGUUGGCGUCUAUUCGACCAUCAUUUAUUGCAACGACAAAGACUUUAAAUCAGGAUGAUUUGAUAUUCAUGGAGAAAUGCUUCCAACGAACGCUGUGGGAAUAUGAAGAUUUUAUCAAUGCAUGCGGCACACCGACUAUUGUGUGCCGUCGAACGGGCGAAGUAGCCGCCGUGGGGAAGGAGUUCAGUAUCCUGACCGGGUGGAAGAAAGAAGUUCUGCUUGGCAAGGAGCCGAAUCUAAACGUGAACACUGGCGGCGGCACCAAUCCAUCAUCCCAGACCGAUUCCGCCGCAUCGUCGAUACGCGGUGGUGCUGGAAGAAUGCGCAAUCCGGAACCCAUCACCACCAACACGGCACCGGUCUUUCUAGCCGAACUCCUCGACGACGAUAGCGUAAUUGAAUUCUACGAAGAUUUUGCACGUCUCGCCUUUGGCGAUUCCAGGGGUAGUGUCAUGAAUACAUGCAAACUACUCAAAUACAAAACCAAAGAAGACAUGGAUCUCGUGAAAUCGGACGAUGGACGAUGGAACUCGCACAUCGUCGGUAAGGGAGGGAUUGUCGGGGAAGCAGGUAUGAAUCGAUUGGGGUUCAGAGAUGGGCGUGUUGAAUGUAGUUAUUGCUGGACAGUGAAAAGGGAUGUUUUUGAUAUACCCAUGUUGAUCGUUAUGAACUUUUUACCGCAUAUUUGAUCAGACUGGUCAUGACAAGAGACUAUCUUGUCUAUACCCUCUUCUUUUUUUUAGUUCGUUCUUUAGGGAUAUUCAUUUCGCCAGGUGUACGGUGUCAUUUCUAUCAGGCGUUACGUCGGAACCAAAAAAAUUCUUCGGACACGUACAUAUUUCUUUCCUCGGUCCUUGAUGUUUUUGUCUUCUGUUCUUUUUACAUAUUUUUUUCGACUGUAAAUCGUUUCUUCGUGCGACUUUUGUACAUAUAACCAACCCAAACCAAUUUGUGACGGUGGAAUGAAUGGGAUACAAGAACUAGAAUGGAGGCGGAUGAUUUUGUUGCUUUGAUAUGCUAUGUAUCUGUUAGUAUCAUUAUUUUCCAAUCCUAUGGGGAUCAGAC